AUGGCGCGUCACGGCCGACGACCGAUUAUUCAGCGAUUCGACGAAUACUACAGAUGCUACCCCGUCAUCAUGGCUCCCGGGAACGAGCGACCAGAGCUCAACUACGGUUCCAAGAUUCUUCUCCCGCCCUCUGCACUCGACAAGGUGUCCAAGCUUCAUGUGCAGUGGCCUCUGCUGAUGGAGCUCAUCAACGGUGAGAAAGGACGUCAUUCGCACGCUGGUGUUCUCGAGUUUAUUGCAGAGGAAGGCAGAGCUUAUAUUCCACAAUGGAUGAUGGAGACACUAGGCAUGGAAGUCGGCGACAUGAUUCAGAUCCGAACAACCUUGCUCGAGCUGGCAAAGAUGGUCAAGCUUCAGCCGCAAUCCACCAACUUUCUUGAGAUUAGCGACCCCAAGGCUGUGCUGGAACGUGCUUUUCGAAACUUUGCCACGCUGACCAAAGGAGAUGUCUUCAAUUUCGAAUACAACGAUGAGGUGUACGAUGUGGCGGUAUUGGACGUCAAGCCCGAGACGGACAAGAUGGGUGUAAGCAUGAUUGAGACCGAUGUGUCUGUAGACUUUGCCCCUCCAGUUGGUUACGUCGAGCCAGAGCGAAACAGCGGUACCAGCACACCAAGCACACGACCCGGCGUUCCGGCAGGGGGCGUCCUACACAGCAAAGGCACCAUGGCCCAAGCAAUCAACUACUCCGCCAUCGCCCCGUCCGUCACGAGCAAUCCUACCAACUUUUUGGGUGAGGGCCAGCGGAUUGCCAAGAAGGGAAGCAAGAAUGCCACGCCAAAGCCAGCCACACCCGUGCCUGUUGACACAACAGCCGUUCCACGCCGAAUAACUGGAGCUCCUGCGCCUCUACGUCUUGCGCCGAACAAGCUAUUCUUUGGCUACGAGAUUACACCCGUCAAGACCGACGCAGAUAGGGAGAAGGAGAGGGAGAAUGCCGACAAGCCUCAUUUUGCCGGACAAGGGCAGAGUCUUAGGGGCACCGUCAAGCGCAAGGGCGAAGAUGACAGCAAGCAAAAGGCUCCCGAGAAGAAGGGCACUGGUGAGGGCCACCGACUGGAUGGAAGACCUCUCCGAUAG